GUUCACUAACAUUAUUACUCUCUAACAAAUACAUCAUUAUAGUGUUAUUUUAAUUCAGCAUAAAUUUUCUACUAAAGAAACUACUCGUAUCAAACACAACUAUAUUCGAAAUCCUCUUCAACUAAAGUAUUUUCUUGCACUAUGGGCAUAGUUUUAGCCUCUAUGAUCGACCAGUAGAUUUCUUAUUGGUGAAUAAUGUUCUCGUGCGCAACCUUUCGAAGAAACUCAUUUGGGUUUGGUUACAUCAGUUCCGUUCCUUGUAAGCAAGCUGAGCAAGAAUUUGAGUGACAACGACAGAAAUCAAACCACUCCCGUUGUUAGUAGAUCUUCGAUUACAUACAAUGGCUGCGGGCUCCUCACUAUCGUUGCGUUGUGUCCUUCCCACUGGACUGCGUGCUAGCAGAGGAUCAUUUGGAGGUCAACGAAACAACCAUGAAAUCUACUUUCUCGUUUUGGAUGAAUGAUAAUUACUUGGAUCCACAUCCAGAGGUACGAGAUGAAUGCAUGCUUCGAGUCCAUCCGUCGAUGAGUCUACUAUCGGACUAGUCGUUUGAUAGUCCAAAAUCCAUCGAGCAUGUUGGUUGAAUAAUGCUAGAACGAUUCAGAGUCGGUACGAAAUUCAACAUCGGAAUUAAUUUUGUGUUCGAUCGACAUUCUUCUGUACGAUGACGAGCUCUGGCAAACACUCACUCAGGCCUCGUAAAAGUAUCAUUGUCGGGGAUGGAAACACGAUUUUUCUUGACGUGACAUUGUUUUGGAUUGAGCUUUUCAAAGUAUCUAUGUCAAGGAAAGAAAAAGGAUUUUUACAUAUUUGGAUUGAGAUCUGAAUACUGCCUUGCGUAGAGUGUGGCAUCCUACCUGAAAGGACUGGCACUGGCAGGAAACAUGUCGUCAAUAUCUGAUGUGAGCACAUGCGGAAACUGAAUUUCUAUUAACACGGUGAGUAGCUUCUGAUCUAUUGAUUCAAGGACUUACAUUUUUGCAGAGGUGAGAAGCACGCACACUUAUGAAGAUAUACAACUUCCUAAAGUUUUGGUGUGGCAGUAGAGCGAAUCAUCCAUCGACAUACACUGUGAUUCCUUUGAAUGCUGGCUCCAGAGCUCGUGUGCUUCGAAUCGAAAGACACCGAUAAAAUCAGCAACAGACGCGACGUUUGAAUUACUAAGCCUAGAGGCAGAAAUUGGAGUCUUUCUCCUCUCUCGAGAAAGUCGAAAUCCUCGAAGAGUGUAAAAUCGAAUGCUUCUGCUGCAAGAUUCUCUAAUAUCGGGGCCAUAGGCCGCAAGUUCUCAUGAAAAUGAAUGCUCCAAGGUCCGGAUGGGCUACAAAGCUAGUUCCAAAUCCGCCGAAACUCGCCAUUCUAUGGGCGAAUCUACAGUUUGCAAGUGCAAUCCUGCCGCUUAAGCACGAUGGACAAGUACAUGAACCAAGUGAAAACAGCAUUCGAAUUAUUGCCUGCGGGAAUUGAUGUGCAGUGCUCCGAUCACAAAACUGUCCUGCACACAAUUUAAAGGACGAUUUGCUGUCGACUAGUACCACUUCGUUACAGGUGCGAGAAGUUCCUCGAGCUGUCGUUACCGUGGUCAAGAACGUUUCGACGGGGAAUUCAGCAUGAGGAACCUUCUACUUUGGGAGGGAGGGACGGGAAAGAACCAAGUGAGAACCAGAAGGAAGAAGAAGAUCAUCUAGAUCAAAACUGGAUGCGAAGACUUGGUCUAGAAUCAGAAGAAAAAUCAUCAUCGCCAUCCUGCGAAGUCCCUGGAGAGUUUUAUACGGCAAAGAAGGGUCUCGGAUAAGUCUCGGAUGAACGGAUCGGAAGGUUGAGACUAAAUUGAAACCAAGAAUUACGGGAUCGAACCUGAAGAAACAAGUUUCAGAAUACUCAAAGACACACAUACACAUUGAGGGUUUGUGCAAGGACCACCGCAGAGGAACGUGUCUGAUUGACAGCUUCAAACAACUUUCGAAAGAAGACAGCGACCCCGGAAUCAUAACUUUGGAACUAGAUGUCUUCUUUUCCCGACGUAACCUUCUCCGAUCUCGGCAACAAGAUUGUGCUGGAAAAUGGCAUUGUCCAAGUCACGCUAUCCAAGCCUGGAGGGCUGGUCACAGGUGUCAAGUAUGGAGGAUUGGAUAACUUACUAGAGGUUCUCAAUAAAGAAACCAACCGAGGGUAUUGGGAUUUAAACUGGUCCGAACCUGACGGAAGGGUCGACAACUUUGAUGUGCCCGAUGGAACUACUUUCGAAGUAGUUCGUGCGGAUGGAGAUAUUGUCGAGGUUUCUUUCGUCCGACCAUAUAAUGACCAAUCUGAAAAACCAAUGGUGCCUCUUACAAUCGACAAAAGGUUUGCUCUGCAUCGAGGGCAUUCUGGCUUUUAUACUUGCGGCAUUUACGAACGCCUUGCUGGAUGGCGUGAUUUCAACCUCAAUCAAACUCGAAUUGCUUUCAAGCUUCGCAAAGACAGAUUCCAACACAUGGCAGUAGCCGAGAACAAGAUUCGGUUGAUGCCUUUACCUGAUGAUCUGUCGCCUGAUCGAGCCCAACAACUAGCAUACAAGGAAGCACAUCUUCUUGUCAACCCAAGGAAUCCUACUCUGAAAGGGGAGGUGGACGACAAAUAUCAGUAUCUUUGCGAGAACCAAGAUAACAAAAUCCAUGGCUGGAUGUCCCAAGACCCUCUUGUUGGAUUCUGGAUAAUCACCGCGAGCAACGAGUUCAGAAAUGGAGGUCCUGUGAAACAGGAUUUAACAUCCCACACCGGCCCUACUUGUCUAUCAAUGUGGCACAGUGCACACCUUGCUGGUAUCGAGCUAUGCCCUCAAUUCAGAAAUCAGGAGCCUUGGCAGAAGAUCUUCGGUCCUGUUUACAUUUACCUCAAUUCAGCACCAGCUGGAACCGACAUGAAGUCUCUUUGGGAAGAAGCAAAAGAACAAAUGAAUGCCGAGUUGCCACAAUGGCCAUACAGUUGGCCGUCUUCGCCAAAGUUUGCAAAGGCAGCAGACCGAGGUCAAAUAUCAGGCCGAAUUCUCGUACACGACAGGUUUGCAAAGACAGCUCUUUCUCCAGGCGCAAACGCAUACUUGGGACUGGCACUGCCCGGAGCGAAGGGUUCUUGGCAGAGGGAUAGUAAGGGAUAUCAGUUCUGGUCUCGGGCAGAUUCCAAUGGCAACUUCUCCAUAAAGAACGUACUUCCUGGAGUCUACGAUCUCUAUGGCUGGGUGCCUGGCGUGUUCGGUGAUUACAAAAGAGAGGGAGAAACCAUUACGAUUACUGCAGGAGGCAAGUUAGAGCUGGGCGAUGUGGUCUAUGAACCUCCGAGAGACGGUCCCACAGUGUGGGAAAUUGGCACUCCUACUCGAACUGCCGAGGAAUUCUACAUUCCCGACGUAGACCCAAAAUACAUAAACAGGCUUCCUUCUCUGGAGAAGUGGCGUCAGUACGGACUGUGGGAAAGGUACACUGAGCUUUACCCAACAGAAGAUCUGAUCUACACCGUCGGAGCUAGUGACUGGAGCAAGGACUGGUUCUAUGCACAUCUCUGCCGGAAAAAUGCUGAUGGAACAUACAGUCCAACAACUUGGCAGAUCAGAUUCCAGCUUCCAGCUCUGAGUCCGAAUCUCGGUGAUUACAAACUUCGAAUGGCGAUUGCCUCGUCCAAUCUGGCAGCUGUUCAGGUCCGAGUCAACGAUGCGAGCUCGGCCGAUCCCGUGUUCGACACCAAACAAGUCGGCCGGUGCAAUGCCAUCGCGAGGCAUGGAAUUCACGGCUUGUAUUGGGCAUGGAAUGUCAACAUUCCAGCAGCACUUCUCAAACAAGGAGAAAAUGUUCUCUACCUCACGCAACCUCACGCAACCGGUCCAUUCAACGGAGUUCAAUACGAUUACCUGCGCCUCGAGGCACCAGCACCACCAGCAGCAGCAGCUGCACCAUCUUCUCUCGCCUCCAUGACAACGACAACGUUUGGACACACGGAACGAGUUUUACGAGAAAUUAUGUGGAAUUACGUGAGCCACCAACUGGUCGAGCUCAGACUCAGUCUAAAAGUCGGCGCUGGCUUGGAUGGAGAUUCACGUUCCUAGCGGGGGAUCUUGUUCAGCAUUGAUUGAAAUCUUGGCAUGGACAUUCGAGGGAGGCGCCAGAGCUGCAACUGAUGCUUCACACAAAUUGUGAGCAGUAAACGCCAUGAUUGCAGCUGCUUCUGUUAAUGAAGAAGGCAGUCUAGAUAACUACGAUCUGAAAUUGGAAACUAUAAUUCCUGCAAUCCUUGCAAAAUGUUCUUCUAUUAUUUCUUCAUUUUUCUGUGUAAUAUGAUUGAAAUGAUCGA